AGACAGCAGCAUUGGUGAUUUAUAUAGAGAGUCUGCAUGUCAAUCAUCAUCUGUUCCAACCACAUCAGAUGACUUUGUACCCUUGAUUUCUGAGCCUGCUGCACGGCCUAUUACAGAUGAAGAUAACAUGGAAAUGUCCCCUGAAUUCUGUGAUCUUUUUCUGAGAAACGUUUCACAAUUCUACUUAAAAUUGCAGGGUCAGUUUCUACUGCCUGCUUCAACCAUACAGAACAUUGUGGAGGAAAUGCAGAACAUACAUGAGUUGGGACAGACAUACAUUUUGGGUAAACUUGCAUCACUAUUAAAAGAUGACACAUCAUUAUCAGAGGAGGACAUCAACAAAGUCUGCGAGUCUGUCAAAAGCUAUGAUCUGUUUUCUGCAUGUCAUACCGGGCCAUUGAGGACAGUGUACUCCAGAGCUCAGACCUUUAAAAAAGCCUUCAACUAUGUGGAACCAAAGAAAAUAUUUUUAGGGAGAGAUGAAAACAGAAAAGAUAGGUUUGCCUAUUAUGUGCCUUUAAGAGAGACUUUGAGAUGUCUGCUAGAGUCUGAUCUGUGGCAGAAAUCAGAAGAGCCCUCUACUGAGCCUCCUGCUGAUGUUCUGUGUGACAUAAGUGAUAGUAAGCUGUUUAAAUCAAAUGAUUUUUUUGGUCAAAACCCAUCAUGCCUCAAGCUAGUACUCUACCAGGAUGCCUUUGAAGUCGUUAACCCUUUAGGCUCUGCAAGGACAAAACACAAGGUAUUAGCUGUAUAUGCAUCAGUGGCAAACUUGCCACUUCAUGUACGCUCAGACACAGACCACAUGUCUCUUGUCUUACUGUGCAGGGAGAAAGAUUUUAAAGAGUUUGGUCAUGCUAAUGUGUUCUCUGAAUUACUAACAGACUUGAAAGAAUUGGAGGACAGUGGGAUUGUUGCAUCAGAUGAAACUAGAGUCAAAGGAACUUUGUUUUGCAUCGCUGGUGAUAAUCUGGGUUCUCACUGUAUUGGUGGCUUCACUGAAAAUUUUAGUUCUUCAAAGUACUUCUGCAGGUACUGCCUGAUAACGAAAUCUGAAUUUCAGGGUGCUGACCCAAAUCUGUGUGGACCAGAACGUACCAAAGAGAACUACAACUCUGCUGUUGAUCGCCUCCAGAUUGACAAUACACCAGACGUCGAAGGAGUGAAGUUCAGACAUCUCGGAAAUGGGGGACAGCAUAAGAAGUUCCAUUACUAAGGUGCUGCCGGACCUGUCUGCCUCAAUCCUUGAAAUUGUACUGGAGGCACUACAAUCAUUAGGAGUGGAGACAUCUGAGGACUUGCAGUUCAUCAGUGAGACUGAUCUGAACUCUGUCCUGAGACCAGUUCAGGCAAGAAAACUGCUGGCUGCCUGGAAACAAACCACACCAAAUACGGACAUUUCAAGCCAGGCCAGCCUAUCGUCUCCAUCUUCUUGCUCCUCAUUUUCUGCCUCCCCCUCACCCAGUCCAAUAUAUUCUCUAGACUGGGUAGAUAAAUUUAGAAUUCCAUGUGAAGAUUUUCCAGAAGACUUGAUCCAGUGUCUUCAGAGAGAGAAAAGACCAAAGCCUCGAUUGCGGAGGGAGAUGAUCCGCAUCAUUG